AUGUCUUCCACAACAGCUACUAAUACUUAUUUAAAACCAGAUUAUUUACAACCACUUAAUAGUACAAAUUUUUCAUCUUCAUCAACGUCGUAUGAUUCAAGUCAAAGUCCAUUAGCUUUACUUGCUCAAACAUGUUCGAGCAUUGGUAAAGAUUCUCCAUCACCUCCUUCAUCAUCAUCUUCAUGUUUAUCUUUAAAUACAUCAUUGCUACCUAAUACAGCUUCGCCUAUUAUAACAUCUCUUGUAACUAAAUCUUCGUCUACUCUUUCAUCAACAUCUAAUAAUGAUAAAUCUUUAUUAUCAUCUAAACGUUCAUCACCAUCACAAUCAAAUAGUACAAUUACAAAUAAAAAGUCAACUGUUCCAGUGAAACCCAGUACUAUUUUACCAUCAUCGUCUUUCAUUGAAUCAAAUCCAUUAACAUCACAUUUACCACAAUUAUUCGAUCCAACAACAACUGCUGCUGCACUUCUUCUUCGUUCUUCACUUGCUUAUCUAGCUGCUCAACAACAACAACAACAACAACAACAACAACAACAACAACAACAACAACAACAGCAACAGCAACAACAAUAUCAUUCAUUUUCAACACCAUGUACAGUUCCAGGUUGUUUGCAAUGUGAAACAGUUCGACAUAUUCUUGCUGCAUCAAUUCAUACACAACCAUAUGUUUGUCAUUGGGUUUCAUGUAGUGCAAGAUUUUCAUCAGCUGAUGAACUUAUCGAACAUUUACGACACAAUCAUACAUCAACAGGAAAAACAACUUCUAUGUAUCAACAUCAUAAUCAACAUCGUUUUCAUCCAUAUUUAAAACCACCAUCGAUGUUAAAUAACAAUGAUCAGUUACCAUUCUUUUAUCCUCACUUGUCUUUGUCACCGAUGACAGGAACAACACGACGUUCGAACAAUAAUACAAACAACAAUAAUUAA